CGCCGAGGCUCGUGCCCCUCGGGGGAACCAGAUGAGGCACAUCUGGACAGCUGCGCUGAGGAGCUGUGCGGCCCCUUCUCGGGCCCGACGUCAGCUGAGCACGUCCCCCACGUCCUCUCCUUUCAGCCGCUUAUUAUUUAUUCAUUUACCCAAAGAAGCCACCAGGGAUCCAAGUUUAAAACUCUCCCCCUCUAAUGCGACAUGGGGCCAGAUCCCAUCCAACACACAGUUUAAUUUUAUGGGGCUCUGAGAUCAAAAGGACAGAAACAUCAACAACAAAAGCCCAGCCGCUGUCUGAUUUAAAACUGGCAAAGUGGGGAAAAAAGUGUGAAUAAGACCGAGUUGGAGCUCCUGUGAAGAACUCUGACACUCAGCUGCCUCAGUGAAACCUUGGAAGAGAAUGAGUUUUUUCUCCCAUGCACCUGCCACCCCUCCCAGUAGCCUGGGCCCUUCUGGUGCUAUCAACUCUCCUAAACAGGAAAAAGAUCAGAACCAUUGUAAAUUCUUGGGAGAAGAGAAUUGAGGAGUUGGACUUGACAUUGAGGAAAGUGUGAAGUCAUGGGGAGUUUCAAAGGCCAUGCUGUCCCUGGCACCUUCUUCUGUCUCAUCAGUAUUUGGUGGACUGUACGAUGCAUUCUGAAAUACACUUUCAAAAAGCACAAGCGGACUUCCUUCCUUGAUUCCAAAGCAUUAUUCCAUCGAAUAGAAAUUUUGGAGGGGAUCAUAAUAGUUGGAAUGGCUCUAACUGGGAUGCUUGGAGAACAGUUUAUUCCUGGAGGACCCUAUCUGACCUUAUAUGAUUAUAAAGAGGGCCAGUGGGUCCAACUCAUGGGCUGGCAUCAUUGUACCAUGUACUUCUUCUUUGGGCUAAUGGGUGUGUCAAAGAUCUUAUGUUCCACCAUCAGGUCACUUCCUAUCUCCAUAACCAAGUUAAUGCUUUCAAUUGCCUUACUUGUGGAGGCUUUUGUCUUCUACAACCACACUCAUGGCCGGGAAAUUCUGGACAUCUUUGUGCACAAGCUUCUGGUCUUGAUCAUCUUUUUGGCAGGCCUGGUUGCCUUCAUAGAGCUCUUCGUACAUGCUAAUAUCACCGUGGAGCUUCUGCGGAUAAGUCUGGUCUUCCUCCAGGGCAGCUGGUUCUUUCAGAUUGGUUUUGUCCUUUAUCCCCUCAAUGGAGGUCCUGCAUGGGAUUUAGUGGAUCAUGACAAUAUUACGUUUCUCACCAUAUGCUUAUGUUGGCAUUAUGCAUUCACUAUUAUCAUCAUUGGAGCAAUUUAUGCCUUUGUCACCUGGCUGACUUCUGGGCCUCAUCUCCUUAGGGGCUGGGCAGCCUCCAAGAACAAUGGGAGCAUUCAGGGGACCUUGCUGCCUCCUGUCAGCUCCCUUCUGGAGCCAGAAGAAGACUACUGUCUCUUCCUGUUUCAAAAACCUUCAGACCCUUAAUGAAUCUCCUGCCCACUUCCAGUUUUCUAGAAACCAGACACUCCAUGUUUAGUUCUGCCAAACCCCCAUCCUUCCUCAGCACCUUUAACGUUUUGACCAUGUCGUUGCCUCUACCUGUCGUAUCCGAAUUACAUGAUCAUCUCUUCUCUGAACACUUCUGUGAUUAUUCUAGCCUUUGCUUAGCUCCCUUCAUGAGUUUUUGCAGUCUCCACCACACAUUUUAACAGUCGUGAUCUAUCUUGUGACGUUUACGGUUAGCUCAGGUUAGGCUUAUCUGCUAACUAGAUUGUGUCACUUGGAGGAAAAGACCUUUUUCACAUUCCUCACGGUCCUUGGCAUACUGUCAAACAUAUAUUAGGUACCCAAUAAACAUUUAUUUGCUGUUUUGAUAGAUCUGUUACAGAGCGACUCAGAUACAGGCUUCAUUUGUUUAGAAAUCAUGUUUUGUAUGCUUUUCGGGCUUGCUCUCAUUUUGUUUUCAAAAUAUAAGAUGCAAGAGCUCAUGUUGUGAUAUAUUUUGAUAGAAACUUAAGCAAUACCUUAAAAAAUGAAGAUUUGGUACUGACUUUCAGUGAGGUCACAGGCAGGAUAAUUCAAUCCUGUAAUCAUUAAGAGCUCUGAAACCCUGUUUGCCAGGGUUUGAAUGUGAAGUGGUUUCUAACUCAGUCACAGGUGAUGGGUUUUGAGGACAUUAUAUCAGAACUUGUUUGAUAGGGCACAGAGAUCUGGCAAUAAAACUGGGUUAUGGAACUACUGCCCCUGAAAUCUCUGACAAAUGAAACUGUGCCUCCCAGCUUUCCAGAAUAAUGGUUCCAAGAUUGCUUCAUCUAGUUCCAUGCCUACAGUUCUCAUUAUGGCAGCUCAUAGGACAGACCUAGCUGUUUGGAAAUCUUAUUAUGUGUCUUAGUGUAUUUCAUAUUUAAACACCACUAUUGUGUAGAACUGUUCUAAAAGCCCCACUCUAUAGAUAGAGAAAUAUUGCCCAUUUUCAGGUUGGUUUUCCAAGCAAUGAUUCAUGUGAGCCGUUCUCAAGAACAAAACAGUUUGAUUUCCAGAUAGACUCUGGAAGGAGACCCAGCCUCUCAGCUCAGCUCUCAUAUUAAUUGAAGAGAACACCUGGGAGCAAAAGACCAGAUACAUCCUGACCUUAGUUCCCUGGACUUGCGUCAUUCUGGGAACUAGCAAUUAUUUGCACUUCCUCUUUAUUACUCCAUCCCUCAGUCUGUCCCCAGUUGCCAUUUCUGCGUGUGUCAAUAUUGAGGGCUUCAGGGUGCGGAUAGAGCCUGCAUAUGCCGUAGCUUCAUGGCUCGUAGCAACAGCAGAUACAACCCAGCAAGAGGGAGUGGGAAACAGGAGGAGCCAGUAGGGUCUGUGUUGGUGAUUAAUUUGUGAUUAAGUAGCCAAUCCUUUGUGUUAUAUUCCACAAGGUCAUCAGGAAUGAAUCUAAUGGAUGAAUUAACUAGUUAAUCCCUUUCAUUUAGCACAUAUUCA